AAGUUGUCGAGUUUCAGCCUUGAUACACUGUCAGCAGCUCACCGCUUCACUUCAACGUACUCUAAUACAUGGUCACAAAGCAUUAAAGCUAAGCAGUCAUGAAGGCUCCGGCUCUCCUUCAGUCUGAUCUGAAGGUAAAUAUGGACAUCAGACUACAGCAAAUCUGUCACAGUCCCAGGCUGGAAAAUCGCAUUUUGGCUCAAGCAGCCUCAGCAUUGUCUCCCCAUCAGUACGCAGCUCCAUCCUGGGCCAGUCAGACCUGCACCUCCUCAGCAUGUCCAGCUCUCCAGCCAACCAGCCUGUCCUCAACCAGGUCCACCUCAUCCCUUCUGUCCUCCACAACAAUGAGCUCCAUCUCCUCUGGUUCAUCCCUACUGAGCACCAAAAACACCCUUCUGGUGGAGCCCCGACUUCACGUUCCAACCUCAUCCUCUCUCAGCUCCACUUGCUCCCAGAAUCCUUUACUCUAUUGCUCUAAAAUGUCCUCAGCCAGCAUCAUCCCAAAUAUCUGCUCCUAUCCGUCAGCUUCAGCGGUGGAUAAAGUGAGCUCACAUGAAAAGAGAGAAGAGGAAGUCAUGCUUUUAUCAGCUGAGGGUCUGCUGGGAAAUAGAGAGGAGCCCAAACAGGAUGCCUUCAGGAUGUCUUCGCAGGAAAGCUUGGAUGGGGAUGACCAGAUGCUGUCGUCUGAAGCGGCUGUUUUGGAUAUGGAUGUAGAUGGAGAGGUGGAGCAGACUGUGGCUCUUCGUGAGGAGUUUGGAGAUCUUGAAGUAAGCAAAGACGAGAAACUUGCUGAACUGAGGGACCGGAAGAACAACCUGUUGAAUAUGGUGUGCUGCUCGCUGAUUCAGAAGGGCUGUGCCCCAGGCCAGAAGGACUGGGAUAACAAGAAGAGUGUGUGGAGCAUUAUUAAGAAGCUGGCUACAGAGAUUACCACAGAAGAUCCUGAGUUUGUCCUCAAGGUUGCAGUGUACACUAGGCAGGAACUGAACAUUCGUAUCACAGCCAACUACCUGCUGGCGCUGGCAGCUCAUCUGCCUGCGUCUAAACAACACCUGAGAAGAUACUUUUGUCCUGCUGUGCAGCUGCCAUCUGAUUGGCUGGAAGUGGCACGUCUCUAUAGCACGUGCUUCAGUAAAUCUUUACCCUCUUGCCUGAAAAAAGCUCUUGUGGAUAAAUUUAAGCAGUUCAGCGAAUAUCAGCUGGCUAAAUACAAUACACGAAAGCAUCGCUGCAAACACAACAAAAACCAAAAGAAAGGAAAGAAUAUCUCCCCCCUGGAGUGGAAGAAGUGGGGUGAGCUACUUAGAGUCGACGAGCCCAUUCUCAGAAAAUAUUUGGACAGCCAGAAGCGCACUAAAAAGGAUAAAAAAGAGAGUGAAUUCAGCCUUAAGAAGAUGGUUAUGCGCCUUCACAUCAAAGAAUCUGCAGAACAUGUCAUGGCCAUUCUGGGAAAGAAAUACCCGAGUGAUCUGAAGGCCUUCUCUCGCAGUGGUCUUAGUGGGGUCUGGGACAGAGAGAGAGCUGGAAAGCAGAUGAAACUUAAGCAACCCGAUACAUGGGAGCGCAAAGUUAGUCAGGAGGGAAACAAAGCUGCCACCUGGGAGAAACUCAUCGAUGGGAAGUCUCUUCCUUUUAUGGCCAUGCUGAGGAACCUGAGGAACAUGAUCACUGUGGGCAUCAGCGAGAAACAUCACUCCAAGAUCCUCAACAGACUGUCCUCGAAGAAUGCUGUAAUCCAGAGCAGGCAGUUUCCCUUUCGCUUCCUGUCUGCUUAUAAAGUAAUUUUGGAGCUCUUUAAGUUUGCCAGAGGAGCUGCGGUUAAAGUGAAGAGCUCUUCGGACAUUAUUCGAGACAUUCUAAAGAAACUGCCAAAGACCAGACGAUACAACCGAAACUGCUUGGACUGGGAUAAAGCAGAGCGCAAGAAACUGCGGGUUACAUUGCGUGUGCCCUUUGUCUACCGCCUGUUCAACGUCAAACGCAAUCUCAUGAUAAAAGCAAAUCGGAGGCUGUACACUCAGGAGCUUCUGAAGAAGUACUGCUGCGCUUUGGAGAAAUCUGUUCAGAUCUCCUGCAAGUACAACAUCCCCCCUCUCCCUGGACGCACUCUCUUUAUCGUUAAUAUCUUAGAUUGGAUAGAUGAGAACUGGACAAAUGAGGAAUUCUGCUUACCCCCUGAAAUCACAGACAACCUUGAUGAGAAUCAACUUUCAGCGAAGCCAUUAGAAACUGCGUUGCUCUUGUGCAUGAUGAUGAAAUACUGUAGUGAAGACUCUCAAGUCCUGUUCAAUUGCCACCAAGACUUAUACGAGGUCAAGUUGAGGUCUGAUGUCCUUCUGGAUAAUGUGAGACAAGCAAUUGAGCUGUCAAAAGCAAUCCGUGAAGACUAUGAUAAAUACGAAUACAUAUGUUCCUCUGCAUUCUUCACUAAGCUAACAGUAGAGAGAACAAAGGUGGAUCGUAUAGUUUUGUUUGAAAGAUACUACGGUGAUGAUAGUUUGAUGAUGGAAAUCAGUAACUACCGACAAGAUGUCAACCGUGAUACUGUUGUGAUGGAUCUGCAAAUUUCAAGGCCUUCAAGAACUGAAUUCAAAGAGGACUCCAGCACAGUACAGAUUUGGGGGUUUAGUGAGCAGAUCCUGAAGUUUGUUUCUGAGAGAGGCUCUUCAAGGAUGCUGCAGCAUGUGGAGAACAUGGACAGAGUCUAUAACAUCCCGCCACCACAAGGACGCCAAAAUGAACCUGAGAGAUCUGCUGACGUCAUGCCACUGCCAGCAACACCAAAGUUCAGAUGGAAAGGUGUGCGAGUGUUCAUCUCGUCUACGUUCAGGGACAUGCAUGCAGAGCGGGAUGUUCUGGUGCGUAGCGUCUUUCCAGAGCUCAGGAGGCGAGCAGCGCCAAAUUACCUGUACCUGCAGGAGGUGGAGCUGCGCUGGGGUGUUACUGAGGAGGAGUCCAACCGUGCUGCGGAGCUCUGUCUGUCAGAAGUGUGCCGCAGUCAGCUGCUGCUUGGCAUUCUGGGAGAGAGAUAUGGUCUAGUGCCGCCUCGUCCCAUCCUACCCGAUCUGCCUCAAUACAGUUGGCUGAACUCUGCGUCUGAUGGGUUAUCCAUCACUGAAAUGGAGAUCCGGCAGUUUCAAGCUCUGUAUCCAGACUCUGCUCAGAGCCGCAUGUUCUUCUACUUCAGAUCACCUCAUCUCGCUCAUUCAGUGCCAGCGGCAUGGAGGACAGACUUUGCGGCGGAAUCUAAAGAAGCUGAAGCUAAAAUGAACAGCCUAAAAACAUGGAUCCAGAGCAGCGAGUUCAAAGUGACAGAAAAUUAUCCCUGUGAAUGGGGUGGAGUGAUGGAUGGAAAACCAUACGUGAAAGGCCUGGAGGAAUUCGGCAAGGCGGCAUUGGAGGAUAUCUGGGAAGCCGUACAGCAGCUCUUUGUGGAGGAAACAGAUGAAGAUGUGACUUCAGAGAUUAAGGAGCAGGAAGUGCAUCAGGAUAACCAACAGCGUCAGUUUCACGGCAGGGCAAAGCUUAUUUCCAUGGCAACAGAAAAGAUUCAAGAAUGUCAGGAAAAAGGAGGAAUUCUGAUGGUGGAGGGAAAACCUGGAGAGGGCAAAACUGUGUUCAUGGCUGCCCUGGCACAAGCGCUCAAAUCCCCUGGCAAAAACAAGAAAUCUCCUCUCUGUGAUGUCAUAUCCUACUCCACAGAUGCCAGCCAAUCAGCUUGCAGUGUUGAGCAUCUUCUUCGCUGUCUUGUUCAAUGGCUGAGGAUGAGAAAAGAUGAGGAAGAAUUGCCUCCAAAGACAUCUUAUAAAGACCUGCUGUCUGAGUUCCACCUGAAUCUGAAAAACCAGAGCAAAGAGAAGCCACUAGCUUUGCUUAUUGACGGGGCAGACCGUAUUCAUGACGCGCGAGGUCAGAAAGUGUCAGAAUGGCUCCCACAGCACAUCCUUAAGGGUGUCUGUUUGGUCCUGAGUGUUACUUCAGAAUCAUCUCUACAAAACACUAUUAGCAAGAAGAAUAGUACUGUGUCGUUUCCACUUGGACAAUUAUCUUUACCUGACAAGAAGGAGAUUGUGCAGAAGCAGCUUGUUGAGUUUGGAAAAAAACUGAGCGAUUCUGCUUUCAAUAACCAGCUUCAGACGCUGCUGAUGAAGAAAGGCUCAGUGAGUCCACUCUACCUUCAUUUGGCCUGUGAGGAGCUGAGGAAUUAUGCUUCCUUUGAGAAGAUGAAGGAGAGCCUGCAGUCUCUUCCUCAGUCUGUUGGUGAGCUGGUGCAGCACAGUCUGCUGAGGCUGGAGAGUCAAUAUUGCAGAGCUGGACUCGGAUGGGCAUUAGCUGCUCUUGCUAUCAGCUUUACCGGGCUGCGGGAGAGUAGUCUUUACACCAUCCUGAACAUGUGCAAUGACUUAAACUCCAGAGGUGGACUGGUCACAUGGCAGGAAACUCUGCACAUAGCGAGGCAUCCAGAGAGUCGUGUUCCCAUGGCAACAUUUUCUCAGCUGGUCCGAACUUUGCACAGCCUGAUUGGACCAUCCCAUGGUCAGUGUUCAGAUGAUCUCCUCACUUUGACCCAUCCAGAAGUAAAAUCAGCCUUUGAACAUCUGUACCUGUCCACAGAGGAGAGCAGAAACAGAAGUCAUCUGAUCAUUGCAGCUCAUCUUUGGGUUCAGUCAAAUCCUCAGGGGAAGGACACGUUUCUUCACUCUGAUGCUGAUGGUCUUUCCCAUCUCUCUGCUCACCUGAUGAACAGUCAUCAGUGGGAGCCUUUGUAUUUUCUGCUGUCCAGUUUCCACUUCCUCUAUGCCAAUGUGAGGCAUGGACUUCUUCACCAACUCCUGGAGACGUACAGUUUAUUCUCCCAAAAAUAUAAGGUUCAGCUGCAAUCCAAAACAUCAACAGUUAACAGGAAGGAUUUUGAAGACUGUCUGAGUUUUCUGCAGCGCCAUAGUCUUCUCCUCUCACAGUGGCCUGCUCUCUUUGUACAAACAGCUCUUAAUGAAUCAUGUGACAGCUCUGCACAUUUGUGGGCUGAAAACAUGACAAUAAAUGCAAGCGUGCAAGCUGUAAAAUGGCUAAACUACACAGAUGCAGCACACAAAGAUGUUAGCGAGCUGGUUUCCACCUUUCAUUCUGAGCCGAGUUGUGUGGUGGUCAGUCCUGGGGGGAAAACUGUUGCAGUGGGAACAGGAGAGGGAGCACUUCACCUUCUGCAUACAGAAACCGGACAGGAAGUGAAGUCAUUGUUGAUCAGUGGGGAUGGCAUCUCUGGGUGUAUCUUCCUUGGCGAGGAGAAUCUGGCAAUGACCUCUUUUAUUGGGGAGGUGGAGGUGUGGGAUAUAGCCAGCAGUUGCAGAAUUGCCCACAUAAACGCCCACUCCAACAAGAUCACAGGAUGUGAUGUCAGUCCAGACAGAAAAAUCUUUGCUACUGUCUCAUUAGACCUGAACUUGAAGGUGUUUUCAGCGCAGAAGAACACAGAAGUGGCCUGUCUGGAGAAUCCCUGUCCACUGAACUGUGUGAAGUUUGAUCUGGAGGGUCAGCUACUGGCCGUGGGCUGCUGGGAUGGAGCAGUUUGUUUAUGGAACUGGCUUGAACAAAAAAAAGUUGCGACUCUGCAGGGUCAUGAGAGUUCAGUGCGGAGUCUGUCGUUCUCCCACAGCUCCUCCAUACUGUGCUCUGGCUGUCUGUCUGGAGAAGUGCGGCUCUGGUCAGUGGCAGCAGCUGCUUGUGUGGGCAGUUUUCAUGCUCACCGUGGCUCCACGCAGUCCCUAAACUUCCUGCAGGGGGGAAACCUUUUACUGAGUGCUGGGCAGGACCGUGUGGUUAAUGUAUGGUCUGCUGGUCUUGGGCGAUCUGUAGCUGUACUGGGGAAAGAAAAGCAGCAAAAGCACACCAGACGUGGAAAUGAAGAUGAAUCUGCUGCGCUGUGUGUGGCUGUGUCCAAUGGCUGUGCAGCUGUGGGCUACCAUGGUGAUGGUAUCAAAAUGUUCAAUUUAAACUCAGGAGAGAAGGUGUGGGCCAGUGAUGGGCUACAGGUGUCUGUGCUUUGCCUCUUGUGGAUGGAUGAAGGAGGAUCAGAGCUGCUGCUGUCUGGCUGCAUGGACCACCGGCUCAGGAUCUGGGAAAGGCGAGGAGAAAGCCUUGUGCUUGGAGCAUCUUUUGGGGUGCAGAAGGGAGCUAUUCUCGCCCUGGCGCAAAACUCCACUCAUGUGGCAUCUGCAUCUGACAAUUUCACCAUUGCUCUGUGGCUGAAAAGUGACUUGACGUCUAAGCCUUGGACUGAUCCUGCUGUGCCGUUUAUUCUGAGAGGUCACAAUGGCGGAGUCACAUGCCUUUCCUUCAGUCCUAGUGGGAAACAGUUGCUGUCAGGAGGGAAAGAUCAGGCUUUGAUGGUAUGGAAGGUAGACUCCUCUUCUCCUGCUCUUUCCCAGACCAUUUCUUCCUGCCAUGGAGACUGGAUUACAGGAUGUGCUUGGACUUCAUCUGCUGUGCUCAGCUGCUCCAGUGACUGUAAACUGCGGAUCUGGGAUAUACAGACUGGACAUUUACUGAGAGAGAUCCUGACUAGUUCAUCUUUGAGCACACUGUGCUGCUGGGAGGUUCAUGUAAUAGCAGGCUCUGCAGAUGGACGGCUGAUGGUUUGGAAAUGGGAAUCAGGUGUAGAAGUCACCAGUAUUCAGGCCCACAAGUCACGUCUGCAUCACUGCACUGUAGUUUCUCAGUCAGAAUUUGGAGAUCAUUUUAAAGCAGAAGACUUAUUGGUAGCUUCAGCAUCAGAGGAUGGAACUGCUAAACUCUGGCAUCCACUGCAGGUACAUCAUCAUAAUACUCUGCAUGGUCAUGAUGAUGAGAUCCAAGCUUUAGUUUGCAAAGGGACUGGAAUCCCAGAGUUCCUCACCGUGUCUGUGGAUCGAUCCCUCAGGUCAUGGAGUGUCACCUCAGAAAUGGCAUCCUCAGAAACUCCUCACUGGCAGAAGGAUGAUGUCAGAGCUUUGUGUUUCCUGGGCACUGAUGACCUCAUGGUGUGCGGUUAUGAGACAGGCAGACUGGAAAUAUGGCAAAAGAACUCAAUGGUUUACUGGAAGAAGGUCAGUGAAGCCAGCAUAUAUUCAUUUGCUGUCAUGCCAAAUGAUGAGUUGGCUGUGGGUUGCAGCGACCACUCUGUUUGUGUAUGGAAAUUGGAGCGGGAUGCUAAGAAUUGCAUUGUGGGGCUUGAUAAGGUGUCUUCAUACAAAUUGGAAUCUCCAGCAAGCUUUUUGCUCUACUGUUCAGGUCUGUUUGGAGCAUGUAUGAGUGGGCAAAUCCUUGAUGUGGUCUCCACUGCCUCACAAACCAAAGAGUAUUUUAGCUGGACAGAUAAGGUGCGUCCUAUGGGUCUAAUGGUGAAUGACAGCAAGAGCUUUUGGCUGUUGGGGCAGAAACAGAGCCAGCUGUACAUUGGCCUCGUUCUUUCAAUGGGUCCAAGCAGCUCUUAUGGCAUAAAUGUUUGUGAAGAUGCGGUGGGUAGAAAACUGGAGGACUUAGAAGUAGAUGAACAAGAGGAGGAACAACAAGAGGAGGAGAAGCAACUGGAGGAGGAGGAGGAGAAGGAGGAGGAGGAAGACCAACAGGUAGGGCAAAAGCAGCAGGAGGAUGAGGAGCAACAGCAGGAGGUGGAGGAAGAGCAACAGGAGGAAGAAGAGCAACAGGAAGAAAAAAAGCAGGAGGAAGAAGAGCAACAGCAGAAAGUAAAACUGAGUGACGAGGAGAUUAAACAGCGGAGGGAGAAUCAAAUUGAAAAACAGAGGGCGGCACAGAUCAGCUUCUGGAUCACAGCUGUAGCAGUGCAGAAUGACUUCUUUGUGUGUGGGGAUUUUAAAGGGAACAUAUGGUUCAAUCAACCUCCUAAUAUGACCACCUGGACUCAGAGAAGACCGGCACACACAGAUAAAGUGAGCGUACUGCGGUUAACAGAGACCCUUAUCAUCUCAGCAUCUCAUGACAGAACCAUCAAACUAUGGGACAGACGCUCUAAGAAACAGGUUGGCAUGUUUGUGUGUGGAGCUCCUGUCAGGGUGCUGGAGGUUAAUCCACAUGACCCCAGGGAGUUUGUUUGUGGCGAUACACAGGGUCAGCUGUACUUUCUGUCCUGGAAAGGCUGACUUUCUCAUAGUCCAUACACAAUCACAGUAUGUUUAUUAGUUGUAAUUUAAAGAGGCAUUCUCAUUUUUAUUAAAAGGACUAGUUCACAUCCAGAGUGAAAAUUCUGUCAGUAAAUCAUCCUCUACUAGUUCGAGUUUCUUUCUUCUGCUAAACAGUAAAAAAAUUAUAGCUAAACCGUUGAAGAACACCAUUGAUCUAGAGUAGGGGAAAAUACAAUGGAAGUCAAUGGUGACCAAUCAUCAUGGAAGUGAACUAGUCUUUUAAAUUGACAUGAAUGGAGCAUUCUGCACUAAAGACACUAUUGCCUUAAACUAAGCCAUGAUAUGAAGAAUGUUUGCGAUGAUUUUAUUAUAUGAAUAUUAUAA